UGUGUCAAUAAUAAAGCCAUUGUUCUUGAUCAAUUAUGUUGGUUUAGAAAUAUAGUAGAAAGAAAUACAAUGGGUUUGAAAGGAAAGCUAGUGUCCCAAAUAGACAUAAAAUCGGAGGGAGAUGUGUUCCACGAGAUCUUCAGUGAGAAACAACACCACGUUCCUUCCCAGAUUCAGAAUUGCGAUUUACACGACGGCCAAUGGGGUACCGUUGGCUCCGUCAUCUACUUGAACUACACAAUAGAUGGUAAAGAGAGGGUGGCGAAAGAGAUAAUUGAGGCGAUAGACGAGGAAAAGAAGUCGGUGACAUACAAAGUGAUUGAAGGAGAUCUGAUGGAGCUAUACAAGACAUUCAAACUGACUGUCCAUGUCGACACAUCUGGGGAUGACAACCUCGUCACUUGGACUUUCGAGUACGAGAAACUGAACGAGGAUAUUUCUGAUCCCCACACUCCUCAUGGAUUUUGCCUUGCAAUGACU